UCCGUUUCCGGAAAGCCGUCUUUGAUUCAAAAUACGCAUCCGUUUCAUGUGAUUAGCCAUCGAUUUAUCAUUUGUUUUGUCCAUUGGUUAGCAAAUUGUGUGACAUUUGAAUUGUUUGAGUGAAUCAACGAAACAAAGUUGUCAUCAAUGGCUGAACCUAUGGCUCGCACUGAUUGGGACAGGUUUUGCCAACUAAUAGGUUUCAAUGGUUUGAAGUCGAGUGUGCGCCAAGAAUUGGACCAAAACGCAAAUGGUUUGAGUGAAGAGUUGUCGGCUUUGAAGGCAUCGAAAGAUAUGAUUGAGACGGAAGUGAAGGCAAUGAGGGAUCAGAUAAAAGACAGCAAACAUAUGAGAGUAAAGGAUGUGAAACAUGUGAGACAAGGGUUGGUGUUAUUGAAGGCGUUAAACGAGACAAUCAUUUGUGAGAACAAAGAGUUCACUCAAGGUUGCGCGGACUCUGAGUCUAAUUCAAAUGGAAAUGAAACACAGAAUGACUGCGAAGGACAGGACUUCAGGGAUGAGUUGAAUGCCAUUAAGAUUAGUGUCGAAAGGGUUGCAAUGAAUGCGUCAACGGAUGAAGUGGUGAAUGAGAGCACCGGAAGUGGCGAUGAAGUGGUUAACCCAUAGACAGUGCAUCUAUGGGAUGGAAAACAUGAAUAUUUUGGCACAUCUGCAGAAUACAGUUUAAUCCCAAUACUAAUGCCAGUGCAGUAUAACCUAUUAUACAGUGCUCUCUGUGUUGUGUAACUGUCCUGUGGUUGGCUAUGAACCACUGGACCAGACCCUAAUGGGCUGUCGCACAACCCUUACCCCUAGCAGUCUGUAUAAGGACUGACUUUGCCUUCAAUCGGGGCUUAUCUCUAGUGACUACUCGUACUGUACGUACUGUACGUACGAGUCUGUGGCCGUGCAUCAAAUACCACGGUAUGGUAUGACUUAUUGGAGGCAUACCUGUUGUCAUAUUUUGAUGACAAAUAUAAUUACUUUUUCAUUCAUAUAAUCAUUAUUAAAACUGAAUCGAAAUAAUUAUCUAAAUUAGUAUAUAAUCAUUGUUUUUCUAAUACCUAUGUAAACAUGUGUAACGAAUAGUAAAUUGUGUACAUUUUGUGUUUAAUUACCGU